GGUUGAUGAAUACGGAUGUUACUUCAACAAAAUGCGGAAAGUCUGCGUGUGAAGGAACUUCAUAAAUAUAGCAAAGAUUGCUUCUGUGUUCAGAAAACAACAAUUUUAGAGGCUAAACCACCACAUAUAGUCUUCAUUUUAGCUGACGAUUUAGGGUGGAAUGAUGUAGGUUUUCAUGGAUCCGAAAUUAAAACUCCGAACUUGGACAGACUGUCAAAAAGUGGAGUCCAAUUGGAGAAUUAUUACGUUCAACCGCUGUGCACACCCUCCAGGAACCAGCUGAUGACCGGGAAAUACCAGAUCCACACUGGUAUGCAGCACCAGAUCAUAUGGCCAUGCCAACCCUACUGUGUGCCACUGGAGGAAAAAUUUCUGCCUGAGGUUCUGAAGGAGGCAGGCUAUGCUACACAUAUGGUGGGCAAGUGGCACCUUGGCAUGUACCGCAGAGAAUGCAUGCCCACUCAUCGUGGGUUUGAUUCCUUUUUUGGUUACCUAGUAGGCAGUGAAAACUACUUUACCCAUCAACGCUGCUACCCUAUUUCUAAGUUGAAUCUGACACGCUGUGCCCUGGACCUGCGUGAAGGGGAGGAGGUUGCUGCAGAAUACAAUGGGAGCUAUUCUACCGAGAUUUUCACACAGAAAGCCUCCGAUCUUAUUGGCAAACAUGAUCAAAACAAGCCCCUCUUCCUUUAUUUAGCCCUCCAAGCAGUGCAUAGCCCUCUGCAGGUCCCUGAGCGGUACAUGACCCCUUACAGUUUCAUCAAGGAUCCACAACGCAGGAUUUAUGCAGGAAUGGUGUCAGCGAUGGAUGAAGCUGUAGGAAAUGUGACAGAGGCACUGAUGGCUCAUAACCUUUGGAAUAACACUGUGCUCAUCUUCUCCUCAGAUAAUGGAGGACAGACUCUGGCGGGAGGCAGCAAUUGGCCUCUGCGUGGCAGAAAAUGGUCUUUGUGGGAGGGGGGAGUGCGGGCUGUUGGCUUUGUUAGUAGUCCUUUGCUGGACAAACCUGGCACCAUUAGCCAUGAGCUCAUCCAUAUCUCUGAUUGGCUGCCUACACUGGUGAACUUAGCUGGUGGAUCAACGUAUGGGAUAAAAAGCCUAGAUGGUUUUGAUGUUUGGAAAACAAUCAGCAAAAAGAUGUCUUCUCCCAGACUUGAGAUACUUCAUAACAUUGAUCCACUCUAUGUGGACAUUGCACCAUGUUCAAGUGACCCUGGGCUGACCUUACCUCCAGAAUUUGCUCAUAGGCCUGUGCCUAUCUCCAGAAUCAACCAGUCUGACAGUUUUGAUGUUCGCAUCCAUGCUGCCAUCCGCUAUAGAGAGUGGAAGCUACUGACCGGUUACCCAGGCUGUCCCCUUUGGUUUCCCAAACCAGGAUCAGUGUCAAGUCCCCAACCCUCUCCUCAGUCCCCCUCUACAAAAGCAGGAGUCUGGUUAUAUAAUGUGGAGCAAGACCCUGAGGAGCGGGAUGAGGUGUCCGUACUCAACCCUAAGGUGGUGGACUUUCUUCUCCGUCGACUUCAGCAUCAUCAGAGGGAUGCCAAACCAAUUGUUUUUCCAGAUGAUGAUCCCAAAUGUGAUCCUGGACCCAAGGGAGCCUGGGGACCCUGGGUAUAAGUGUGUCUUAACAAGGGCAAUGUAAAUUACCAAAGUAAAGAGCUGUAUGUUGAUAUUGGAGGUGUAUGGGAGAGAUACAUUUAUAGCUGUUUGCCAUUUUUAUGUUGCAUUGAACUUGGUUUCUCAAAGGUGUUUUUUUUCUUUGUCUAAUCCCUGUGCUAAAUAAAAGUCUCUUUUGACAUUU